ACACUCUAAAUCUCACCGACUCUAACUUCCCUCCCGUUGGAUCGUGCAUGAUCCGCGGAUGAUUAUGUGUGUCUGCGAUUCCACUCUGGCGCCAGACACUCGCCGUUGGGGUUAAUCGUCCGUUUGCCAUCGUGCGCGUCGACAAGUCAAAUCUCCAAGUACAAUGGCUAGUCAAGUGAUGGGCGAUGUAUUGCACCAGUUGCUCCGUAGAGCGGUGGACUCUGAUACAGAUCCCGACGAUGCUGAUGCUCCCGAGGCCGGCACCAAGGAGUUCUUCAGCUCUUGGGCGCUCUUCAUCCUAAUCAUGCUGUUGAUGUUCGCGCUCUUCACCAGUUACAUACUACAACAGAAAAAGAUCCAGGCGGUCCAUGAAACAGUCCUGUCCAUCUUCGCGGGCAUGUUUGUCGGGCUGAUUAUACGCCUAAGUCCCGAAUCACCGAUUCAAGACAGUGUCGCGUUUGACUAUCAAUUCUUCUUCAACCUCCUCCUACCUCCGAUCAUUCUGGCCUCCGGCUACGAGUUACACCAAGCAAACUUCUUCCGAAACAUCGGUACUAUACUGACCUUUGCGUUUGCGGGGACCUUCAUUUCCGCCAUCGUGCUGGGUCUGAUUCUGUUUGUCUGGACGAGAAUUCCGUUGGACGGGCUAGAUAUGACCUUCGUCGAAGCGAUCUCGGUGGGCGCUACGUUAUCGGCGACGGAUCCCGUUACCAUCUUGGCUAUCUUCAACCUAUACAAGGUCGAGCCCAAGCUCUAUACGGUCAUUUUUGGUGAAUCAAUCCUGAAUGACGCCAUCGCGAUCGUCCUGUUCGAGACCGCGCAGAAGUAUGCCGAUAGUGAGGCGGGCUCUCUGACUUUCUUGAACCUAUUUGAGGCUAUUGGGCUGUUCUUGCUCGUCUUCUUCGGGAGUAUGAUUGUCGGCGUUAUCGUUGGCAUCAUGACCGCCCUUGGUCUGAAAUAUACUCAUGUCAGACGCCAGCCGAAGAUCGAAAGCUGUCUGAUCGUGCUUAUUGCCUACGCCAGCUACUUCUUCUCCAACGGUGUCUACCUCUCCGGUAUUGUGUCUCUCCUUUUCUGCGGCAUUACCAUGAAACAUUAUGCGUACUACAACAUGUCCCGCCGGACGCAGUUGACGACGAAGUACCUCUUCCAAGUGAUGGCGCAAUUAUCCGAGAACUUUAUCUUCAUUUACCUCGGGUUGGACCUUCUUGUCCAGAGGAAUUUACAGUUCAAGCCCUUAUUCAUUCUUGUGGCCGUUUUCGGUAUCUGUAUUGCCCGCUACCUGGCGGUGUUCCCAUUGUCUCGAGCGAUCAAUUGGUUCAUUCGGUACAGAGCCCGUCGCCGUGGCAUGGACGUUGCAGAUGAGCUACCUUUUGCUUAUCAGGCCAUGCUCUUCUGGGCGGGCUUGCGUGGAGCUGUUGGUGUGGCCCUAGCCGCCGGCCUAAAAGGUGUCAAUGCUCCAGCACUCCGUGCUACGGUACUUGUGGUCGUCGUGUUGACCGUGAUUAUCUUCGGUGGUACCACCGCUCGAAUGCUGGAGAUUCUCGGGAUCCGGACCGGUGUUGUGGAGGAAAUUGAGUCAGAUGAUGAGUUUGAUAUCGAGGUGACCAAUGGCGGCACAUAUUACAAACGCUCUGACACAGGCCUGGGAUACACUCCUCGCCGCAUUGAUUCGACCAUUCCUUUGGAUGGCAUUCGGCGGGGCGAGCUCGACCGCCACGAUAGCUACUCCAGUGGUAACAACCGUCGCCCCAGUCCUCCGCCGUCUGGCUCUCGAGGACAUUCCCGAAUGUACUCGAAUGCCUACAGUCAGCGAGACACCGCUCGUGACCAUUCUUCAACAGCUACUUUGUUGGGUGGCCGGCCUCGGAGCCACAGUGAGAGCAGCGCGGCAAGCGAGGAUGAAUUUGGAUUGAAGAAUAAUGGCAAGGGUCGUGCGACAGACGCCGAUCAGCUCGAUGCCUUCGAUCUCGAUGUAGGUGAUGAGCCCUCGGAUGACGACCUUCCCCCUUCAGCUCCUACGUCUCGACUGCGGCGGUCUCCCUCGCAACCCCAACAGUAUUUGGGAGGGUCCCAGGACCAAACCCCGGCAACUAGCUCUCCUAUGCGACGCGAGACAACAUUGAGCGCAAGGGCGGCGAUCCGGGACCUCUUCUCAGGGGCAUCGGGAGACCACGCGGCGUGGUUCCGACAGCUGGACGAAGAUUACAUCAAACCCCGACUUCUUUUAGAUCAGUCCAAUCACAAGGGCCCUGGUGCAGUCUGAAUGAAGUGACUUCUAUGCGUAGCUGUCCGCUAUUGCCUUGAUUCCGGCGUCGCCUGUGUAUAUGUGCUAUAUAUUGGGUGCAGUCUACCGGUGUGCUUGUUAUUCACUCGUGCCUCUUCGAUCUGAUUUUGUUUGCCCUCCCUUUUUCUUAACUUACCCAUUGGCAUAUCUGUGCUGGGUCUGGUUACCCCGGGGAGGCCUCCAGCUAUUAUCACACGAAGCGAAAGGAGACGGAGACGGAGACUUGGUAGAUGGAACAGUCACCUUCUACUACUACUACUUCCUACCUAGAUACCACUUCCUACUAGUUGAAUUUCAAGAAUGUUCG